AUGUCAGACACUCCAUGUGGGAAAUUCAAUUUAGUCUCCACUACCCUUGCUGCUGAGCGACGUCCUACAUGGUUUGAAUGGUUCUGGGGGCUUCUUACUGGCCAUGAAUCUACUGCUGAUGAGGAACAUGAACCGAGGAUCGAAGGAGGAACUACAUUGACUUCCAACAAUGAAGCUCCUUGGAUGAGCCGCUAUACCGCCCCAUAUUGCCCCCUCACCGUCACCCCGUUUUGCCCCAUUAGCACCGUCUAUAAUAAAGACAUUGCCAACAAAAGCUUGAAUACCACUUUGAACGUGGAAAUUAUUUCCGGAACAACGACCAUCGCUCGAAGUGCUGACAUUUCCAGAGCCCAUGGGAGUCAUAUAGAAAAUUAUUUCAUCGAACUCAAGAAUCCGUUGACAUUUUCGCCUACCGUUCAGCCAAUUUGUGUGGCGAAGGGAUUUUUCGAUGCCAAUAGCGCGACACCCUGCAAGCAGACGGUCUUUGGAUGGGGUGAAAUCAAUGACCAACACCAGGCAACUCCCUUCCUGAAGAAAGUGGAUGUAAAGAGGUCCUGGGAUUGCUCAGGAGGAUCUAAUAUGACAAUAUGCAUUCACACGGAAGGAGCCCCACAAACAGGAAUCUGCAAUGCCCGGAGGAUUGUGUGCGCGAAAGAAUUCAACUGGAAAGUUGAUACGCCGAUGGACAUCAUCAUCGCUAUCGCCAUUCUCGACAGUGUCGAGACUGACGAAUCCACAUUUCGCCUUCAAAUCGAGACGUCAUGUCUGCAUCGAUCAAACAGAGGUCAGCGCUGGAGUGUUGGAAGGAAAUACGGCAUUUCCAGGAAAGGUGGUCGAGAAUGCACUUCAACAACGAGAGACAAAGCGGCGGAAGGCAUCUCUAUCACGAUCAGACAUAUUGCACUCCAAUUUUCGCACGAUAGCAUGCUUAGCAGCCUUGUAGAUGGAUUCGCGAGGCGAAUCCGGGUCGUCCAAGACGAUGAGGUGGGUGGUGGCCCGCAUGAUGCUGCCGUGGUAAAACUGGCUCGCACACCCUCGAUCCUCGAUCAAUAUCACGAAGGGGGCCUCGCAGCCUCGGAAAGCCUCUUGGUGGUAGAUCUGCACAUCGGCAUCUGUCGAUCCAAUGAGAUGUUCGCGAAUGGUUUUGAUUCCCAGAGCAAUCUGAAAGAUUUUCGUCGAGUCUUCAUUAGAGACUCCAUCGGCCACAAGGGCAUCAACCGAUGGAAAGUCCAUGACCUCCGGUUCCGUUCCGAAGACCGUCUUCGGAUGCUCCGUGUACACGUCACCCGCAUUCUUCCCUACCCGCGCGUCGAUUUCGGCAUCCUCCAUGCACUCGUACUCGUAGAACUCCGAGAUGCACGUGGUGGUACGCCGUCUCCUCGUCAGGAACUUUUCGCUCAUGAGCUUUUUAAGGCGAUUCUGAAGAAUCCACGUUUUCCCCGUUCCGUAGUCGCCGAGCAGCGCUACGUACUCGUCUUCGCAUUCCAGUAUCUCGUGUUGUUCUGGCGUGAGAAAAGCCAGCAUCCUCUUCAUUUGCUUCGCGAUUUGAGGCAGGCAAGACACGGACUCGUGCUCCGCUUCGGUCGACGAGGCGACGUAGCGAGUGAAUAUCGAACGGUACGUGCGCUUCGUUUCCUCCGAGGAGGAGGCAGAGCGAAGAUCGAUCCGGAUGCCCUGCCGGACGAGGAACUUGAACUCCAAGAGGCUAGACAGCUGCUGGCAGGCUGGCUCCUACAGCAGAAGCCACUGCUAGAAGAGCCGCGUGCUCUACGUCGGGUCCGUAGCAAGGUGGACCCUCGCGGCUUCCUUUCCCUUCCGCCGGAAUCCGAAGAGGAGGACGUUCUUCCCUCGCACUUCGCGGUUCGACGCGCGGAACACCCGGAAGUCCUUCUCCAACUCCUGCACGGAUUUGCUCAGCGCGUCCUUGAUGGUCUUCGCGCUCUUCCCGCAGUCGAUGGCCUUCGCGCGGACGAACACGCAGUAGAUGGAAUCGCCGAGAACGAGAACCGAAAGCAGAUCGUGCUUCCCGCUCAUGGAACCGUCGUGCAAUCCGGGCUUCAUCUCCUCCUUGCAGAAGUGCUUGCCGAAGGUCUUCUGGAAGUCGUAUUCGUGGACCGUGAGCGAGGUGGUCUCCUCCUUCUGCAGGAGUUCCUUCAACGGAGCGAACACGCUUCUCGCUGCCUGCUUGGACCGGACCUCGUGCCCGUGCCUCUCGCUCCAUUCCUCCCGGAUGUACUUCGAGUCGAGGAAGUAGACGUACGGGAGAAAGUAUGCUCGGGAAUCCCACUCGCCGAGGCGCUGGACGGCUUCGGCCGACGCUUCGUCCGUGGUUGGUGCUGGUGGGUCUUCGUGAGGAGCCUUGAAAGCUUCAUAUUUGGCGGCUUCAUCUUUGACGGCUUCAUUUUUUACCGCUUCAUCUCCGACAGCCUCUUAUUGGACAUAGUCGUCGACUGA